GGGGAAGGGCAAAAUCUCAACUUCCCUGGACGCAAAUCCCUGCAAAACAAUAUUACAGAUAAAUAUUAAAAAAAUACUAAUAUAUCCUACCAGGAGCCAAAUAAAGGAAUGUUUUCACAUUACCACCAUCAGCAGAUUCACAAACCCAAUGGGUUGGACAAGUCAGCACAAAGCUGAAACUGUUUGGGCACUCGACCCAUGUGUUAAGCAAUAGGAUUGCGUAAUAUUCUAUCGUCAUGCAAACAGCAAAGAGCUGGCAACUGGGCAACUCUCUCUCCCCCUCUCUGGUUUUCCCAUGUAAGAUAAACAAUGACAGUCGGAUCACACUGAGAGGCGUGUAUGACUCAAGCGAGAGAGGAAAGCUGAUUUCUACCAGCUUUAGACAACAUGCAUGGGAGAAGAAAUGCAUUUGAUCUAUCACUCUAUGGACUGUUUUUGAUUUAUCUCUCAUUCUUCAGAAUAGCAGGUGUGAAGAUUAUUGGUCAUGAUACAACAGUCGUGAAAGAAGGGAGCGCCACUUUGUUUUGUCAUCUGACUGAGACAGCAGAGAAUUUAACUCAUAUCGUCUGGCAGAAACAGACAAGAGGAAACCCUGAACAGGAAACCUUCUUAAUCAUCCACAAGGAUGGAAAAACUGAACUCAAAAAUGAUAAACAGGACAAGUUCAAAUUUAUUGGGAACGUUAAAGAGAAGAAUGGAUCGAUUCAGCUGCUGAGAGCGUCACUCCUGGAUGAUGGGAUCUACACUUGCAUCUUCAACACAUUUCCUAGUGGACAAAUUCAGACAAACAUCAAUAUCACGGUUCUUGUUCCUCCUGUGGGGAACGUGUCGGGGAGCACACACGUUUCUGAUCAUUGCGAAGUUACUUUGGCAUCAUGCGAAGCCUCCAGUGCACGGCCGGCAGCAGAAGUGUUGUGGAGAUUAGGAGCUCUGAGUGACUCCCUGAGGACUGAAACCAGCAUCACACAGCACUCAGAUGGAACGUUUACCGUCGUGACUCGCAUACUUGGUGCACCAUCUAAACAUUUAAACCAGAGGAAGAUCCAGUGUGUGGUGAAACACAGCACACUGACAAAGGAGCUUGAACUCGAACAUGUGUUAAAUGUCCACUAUCCUCCAGAAUUGGUGGUUAUAAUCCUUGAUGAUUCAAAAGAGGCUGAAGAAUAUCACUGUUUAGUGGAUUGUAACCCAACACCGACUAGCUACAUCUGGAUCAAAGUGAAUGGAAGUACUCCACAUUCUGAAGGCAAUAAACUUUUCAUCCCAAAAUCCUCCUCUGAUUUCAAUGGUGUGUACAUCUGUACAGUAUCGAACGAGUAUGGAAAAGCGUCAGGUGUCCUCUAUGUGGGUAGCACUGGAUCCACUGAUGUCUGUUGGGAUCUCUUUGGUUUUAUCUUCAACUGUGUCAUCCUGGUGAUUACUGUGGUUUACAUUACAGUGCCUCUGAGGUUGUUCUCAGAUCUUCUGAGGUUCUACUAAAGUAAAAGUAGGGCACUAUGAGGCUAAAGGUACACCUUAAGAAAAAUUAGCUUUUCAUUACACCCAUAAUGUAUGAUUGCAGGGGAAAAAAAAAAUGUUUGUAUUGAACAUUUAUGGAGCAACAGAUUUUGUGUGAAAAUAAAUCAUAAAAGUGGUUAAUUUUGUUUAAAAAUGUAAUAAAUGUAUGAGGUGGCGAGGAGGGCCAAAGGCACACAGUAUUGAUACAAAUACUUUAGUUAAAGUAAUGGUUUUAAUAAUGUCUGAGUUAAUGCUCGUUCAAAACAGUCAUUUUAGCAAAGUUUGUACUAUUUUCUGUUGAUUUUAAUAAAAGAAUUCAUUUUUGUUCAAUAAAUAUACUCAUUAAAAUGUUAACAUAAAAAUUUAUAUAUAAAAACAGAAACAAAAUUAUUUUAAAAAGUAAAGAUUCUGAAACAAUUGAAGAUCCCAUAAUAAUGUAAUAUAGAUUUACAGUAGAAAGUUCCACAGUAGAUUUACAGUAAAUUUUAUUAAAUUAUAUGAGUAUUAUCAUAUUUUUAAAUAUGAUGGUUUCAAUAUAAAUAGGAGUAUUAUCUCUUUUUUGAUGUGUCUGUAUCUGCCCAUGAUCCAUUUCAUGACUGUUUCAAUGCUUGUGUGUGAAUUAUGUGUACAUCCGUUUAAUUUUUACCAUGUUACUCUUGUGUGUGUUUGAGUAACAAUGACUUCUCUGUGUGUGCACAUGUGAAAAGGAGAUCAUUCUAAUGGUGUGUUCGUAUCUUCCUGUGAAGUUCCAUGUGUGUUCAAAUCCCUUUGGUGAACCAGAUGGCGAUGUACCUUUUUAUACCAAAAAUUACUUUUUAAUAUUUCCCACUUGAACUUACCAAAUACCCUGAUGACGUAAGCCACGUGACUCAUACUGAAACUGUAUUGGUAUCUGUGGCAUCCCUCCCACCCCCCUCCUCUUACCUUGUCAAUGGAAGGAGUUUCCUAACUGCUAUUUUGCAGCUCUGUUUGUUCUCUAUUCUCUCUUAUUAAAAGCGGAUAAGGGCUAUAUUGAGAGGAAACUCAGAGCAAACAAUGGUACUGAACUGCACAAACAAGCCACAGCAGAAGUCAACACACAAGAAUGUGCUUUGGAAAUUUGUACUUUAAUUUAGAAGGAUGCAUUCAAUUGGUCAAAAAUGGCAGUAAAACAUUUGUAAUCUUACAAAAGACCAAGUAAAUUCUGUUCUUUAAACUAUUUUUUGCUGUAUCACGUUUUCCACAAUCAUUAAGCUGCAUAACUGUGAUAAUAUUAAGAAAUGUUUCUUGAGCACCAAAUCGGCACAUUACAAUGAAGUAAUAGCUGCUAGAAAUGGAUCUUACUUUUAGUUUUGACUGUAGUUUUGAUCAAAUAAAUGCUGACUUGCGGAUUCUUAUGUAAA